AUUCCCGCUAAAUAAUUUAAAGUGUCGAGGUUGAUAAAGGGUGAUCUCCAGUUAUUCUGGGUUCAGUAUUCAGAGUGCUGUGCCAUUAACAGGGUAGCUGAGGGUGACCCCCUAAUAAUUAAAAUUGAAAUAAUAAAAUAAAUCAACUUAAAUUGAAUAACUCAACUAAGUUCAAUCAACCUUAUGACAACUGUAUGAUCAAGUGCAAUAUUACACUGACACCUAUGUUAGUGUUUGACACAAACAUACAGAAUAUACACUGCUGGCUGCCUCGUCUUCUAUAGUCCCACACACAUCACUAUAAUACAUACAGUGCAAUUCAGUAUGUGCAGCCAAACCACUACAAACAACUUAUGAGUUAUAUUUUGCUAUUUUAUCAUAUUGACUAUCUAUGUAUUUUUGCUCUUUUGUUUGCUCUUUUGUUCUGGUGUGCUUCUGCCUCUGCCUCAUCCUCUGAACCACUACUGUCCUCGCUGUUGCUGCUGCUGCUCAUGCCACCAUCCUGGCCCUUUUCAUGAAUUGCAACCUCGUCGUCCUCCUCACUUGUUCCCUCAUCUGAUUCUGAUGAUUCAGGUGAAAAUAACUCAGAAUUACGAGAAAUAAAGUCGGAAUUGCGAGAAAUAAAGUAAGAAUUCCGAGAAAUAAAGUCGGAAUUUCGAGAAACAGUCGGAAUUGCGAGAAAUAAAGUCGGAAUUGCGAGAAACAGUCGGAAUUGCGAGAAAUAGUCAGAAUUGCGAGAAAUAAAGUCGGAAUUCCGAGAAAUAAAGUCGCAAUUAAGCAAACUUUUUUCUUAAUGUGGCGGAAACGGGCUUCCAUACACAUACGGCUUCGUCUAUUGUGUGUCUAAGAUAUAAUCUUGAGGAAAAACAUUUAAAAAGUAGAAGGAUAAUCCAGAAGCACUCGGCACCAAAUUUGCUUGUUGAAGAUCUGUCCGCAGUAUGUCGGGAGGCUAUUUAAUCCAGCUCUUUUUGAAUUGAUAUGUAAAUGUGUACCUUAGUGCAACGUCCUGGUUUGCAUCAAGAUCCUAUUGUUGGAAAACAAAAUUCCACGAUACUUAACACGGAACCCCUUCAAAUAAAACUACGAACAUCUUUGAAUUGCCGGAACAUGCCGCCGAAAGACGGAGAGCUUGUCAUUGACUUUAAACAGCUGAGUUUGAUUUUAAUUACAGGCUUUGUGAUAUUUUCGGAAGCGCUGACGCGGGAUAACUUUAGAAUAUUAAUGCAAAGCAUUGCGCCUGGUGUGACAUCAGUAAACCUACAAGUUUGUAUGAUUAAUUUACAUACAAACCAAAUGGUAGCAUUUAACGGAAGCUUGUCAAGAUUUGAGAAUGGGAGCGGAGCUCCAUCAUGUCCUGGUGUUCCACGUUUUCCCUCAUUAUUUCAUUGGUGGAUUAGAAAAAUUGAUUGUACGGCUUAACGCCUUAUCCUGUUGCUUAGGUCUGAUUUUUGUGUGUGCCAGUGCCACUGCCACGGACUUUUUGAUUUUUUUUGAUGAUUUCAGUUCACCCUUGCAAUGAUUAGUCAUGGAAAUAUUGGCUAUUUAAUUUACAGCAUUAGGCUAUAAACGUUAUGUAGAAUGGCUGUAUUUGUAUGCUAGGCCUAUGUCACUUUAUUUCACGUGUGGAACAUCAAUUGCAUGCAUAUGUGACCAAUUUAAAUCGAUGUAUGCGAAAGAUAGAAGAAAUAAGUCAGGGUUCGGUGUGGUUUCAAGUUUAGGUUACCCGAUCUUAAAAUGACCCAGUUUAUUCAUUGCGCCUACAUCAAGUCACCGCAGGGCCUAUGACAAAGCUCAGUGGGACUGUCAGGAGGUGAGCCUGACAAGCCACCGGCUUCGCUGUGCUGGAAUCACGGGGGAAUUCAUUAAUUGGGAUCCAGGUGUCGAAUGCACACCAGGGUAAUGGGCUGAUUGCGGGUUUAUCUGGUGGGGGAGCGGCGCAGCUGAGUUCCGUAGUCUAUGUAAUUAGUGAAUUGUGUGGGUAUAAAGGGGAGGCAAGUGACAGUAGCCUACAGAGGAGAGAUGGGUGGAUGGAUGGAUGGGGUUCCUCAUGAGAGGAUUUUUAGCUUCGGUUUUUCGCUUCUUUUUUUUUUUUGGUUUCGCUUUUGUUUGUUUUUGUAUGAGUGUGUUGUCUCUCAUCUGUCUGGCGGUGGCUUCCUGGAAGGCGGUCCCGGAGGAGGAGGAACGCUGCAGUGAUCCUGUGAGGCGCUGCGCUGGCCCUCCUGGAAUGAACUUCGGCUUGAACGUCGGUAGACGAGUGCUCUCAAAAAUGAGGAAUAGAUGCCCCGAGUUUCAAGCUUGUCGCCUUCUUAGGCUGCUGCCAUUUGCUGACUCACUGCUGUGUAAUAGAUUGAGAGUAUUGUAUGGUCUGUGUGGGUGUGUCAUCCUGCUACUAUUUUUUCUCAUUGGAGCAUCUGGAAGGUUUUUUGAAAGUGCUGUGAGAGAAUUCCGUUCACCUCCAGGUACAAAGCUACAAACCGAAUACAAUGUAGACAGCUCCCUAGAUCUCCGGUCCCGAACUGAUGUGACUACUUGCACUGACUGGGGAGCACCCAUUAUGUGGGAUGGGAUGUUUGAUCCUAACAUCUACGAUGAGCAUCACAAAAAAAUGGGCAGCACUGUUGCACUGACAGUAUUCGCCAUUGGGAGAUACCUGGAAUUGUACCUGAUGGAAUUCCUGACCUCGGCAGAUCGUCACUUCAUGGUGGGUUUACCGGUGACGUACUACGUGUUCACCGAUGCCCCUGAGAACGUGCCGGGGCUCCACCUGAUGGCAGGGAGGACCCUGGAGAUUAUACCGGUCAAGCGGCACGAGCGCUGGCAGGACAUCUCCAUGAUGCGCAUGAAGACCAUUGCGGACGCUAUCCAGACACGCAUCCGGCACCGGCACCGGUACAUCUUCUGCCUGGACGUGGACCAGGUCUUCGUGGGUCGCUUCGGCUCGGAGGCCCUUGGGGAAUCGGUGGCGCUUAUGCACUCUUCCUUCUACAACACCCCCCAGGAAAGGUACACCUAUGACCACAACCCGAACUCCACGGCCUACAUGGAGAAGGGGGACCUCUACUACCACGCGGCUGUCUUCGGGGGCACGUGGCAGAGUGUGGCGAACCUGACAGAGAGCUGUCACCAGGGCAUAAUGGCAGACAAGAGGAACCAGGUGGAGGCUCUGUGGCACGAUGAGAGCCACCUUAACAAGUACUUUUGGCUCCACAAGCCCAGCAAAGUGCUCUCCCCAGAGUAUUGCUGGAACUUACUGAAUGGCUUCAGCAAAGAAAUACACGUUCAGCGCCUGCGCUGGGGAGAGAAACACGAUGACAGGAGGACCUAGGGGUAGGAUGGACCAAAAAAAAUAUCAUUACUUGCACUCUUGCAUUACUUGCGAUACAACAAAUGCACACUUGCACAUUUACAACAUAUCGCAUUUAUCAGAUUGAGAACUUUGCAAUUUAAAAAAAAAUCAGUUUAAAAAAAGAUUUCAGUAAUCAGCACAAAACCAAAACCUGAUUUGUACACAACUGUAAACAGCACAGUAACAUCCUCCAUGGACCUAAUAGAAAAUAAGAUUCUCCACAAUCAACCUUUACAGCUGUUAAUGUCACUGUUGGUAUGAUUUCAAAAGGGUUACUAUUAGGCAUGAAUCUAUUGCAGAUAACUGUUGUUGACUUUCAACAGGUAGAAAGCUUAAACUUUCUAUGGGAAAGACCUUAGAAAACCACUCCAUUUUAGCUUGCAGCACUAUAACUUUAGCCAGCAGGCUAGUAGUGAUAAUAAAUUAUGUGAAUGAGUAGGUCUACACAAUCAUGUCAUUGUACCCAGUAAGGGGUCAACACAUCACAAUCCUA